GCGACAUGGUGCGCGGCAGGAUCUCCCGGCUCUCAGUCCGCGACGUGCGUUUUCCCACGUCGCUGGGGGGCCACGGCUCCGAUGCCAUGCACACGGACCCUGACUACUCAGCUGCCUAUGUCAUCAUAGAGACUGAUGCGGAAGAUGGACUCAAGGGAUGUGGACUUACCUUCACUCUGGGAAAAGGCACUGAAGUUGUUGUCUGUGCUGUGACUGCCCUCACCCACCAUGUGAUCAACAAGGACCUCAGGGACAUUGUCAGUGACUUCAGAGGCUUCUACCGGCGGCUCACAAGUGAUGGGCAGCUCAGAUGGAUUGGUCCAGAGAAAGGUGUGGUGCAUCUGGCGACAGCGGCCAUUCUGAAUGCCGUGUGGGACUUGUGGGCCAAGCAGGAGGGAAAGCCACUCUGGAAGUUACUUGUGGACAUGGAUCCCAGGACACUGGUAUCCUGCAUAGAUUUCCGGUACAUCACCGAUGUCCUGACUGAGGAGGAUGCCUAUGAAAUACUGCAGAAAGGUCAAGUUGGUAAAAAAGAAAGAGAAGAGCAAAUGCAGACACAUGGCUAUCCUGCCUACACAACAUCGUGUGCCUGGCUGGGGUACUCAGAUGACAUGUUGAAGCAGCUCUGCACAGAAGCACUGAAGGAUGGCUGGACCAGUUGCCAUAUCUGGGAAGAACCAGCACAGGGCAGGAUUCAGGCUGGAGCAGUUGUAUCUGGUGAUUCAGAGAAGGCUGCAGAGAGAUGUCAAGGGUCUCCCAGUGCAAGAAACCUGGCAUCCGGGGCCUAUGGUCAGUCGCCCUCUUUGCCAAGGAGAGAGAGGAACUCAGGCAAUACCAGGCUCUGUCUGGAGCAACAGCCAAUGCUACUCUCAAGGGCAGAUGCACAGGAGGAUAGGCUGGUGCAUGAGAAAGCGAAUGCUGGCCUCCCCUUGAUGGUGUCCCCUCUGUCACCUCCCAGUGCCCACACUCAGGCCAGCAACACAAUCUCUGAGGACAGAGUCACAGGGUAUGGAUGCACAGCCCUGUGGCGAGGUCAGCGUGGGACAGCCCUCCCCAUGAGGGGUCUCUCCUUGCAGAUGAUGGAUGCCAACCAGCGGUGGGAUGUGCCUGAGGCAGUGGAGUGGACAUCAAGGCUGGCCGAGUUCAAGCCAUUGUGGAUUGAGGAGCCGACCUCCCCUGAUGACAUCCUGGGACAUGCUGCCAUUUCCAAGGCAUUGGCUCCCUUAGGAAUCGGCGUUGCCACAGGGGAACAGUGCCAUAAUAGAGUGAUAUUUAAGCAACUCCUACAGGCGAAGGCUCUGCAGUUCCUCCAGAUUGACAGCUGCAGACUGGGAAGUGUCAAUGAGAACCUCUCAGUGUUGCUGAUGGCCAAAAAGUUUGAAAUUCCUGUUUGCCCCCACGCGGGUGGAGUUGGCCUCUGUGAACUGGUACAGCACUUGAUUAUAUUUGACUACAUAUCAGUCUCUGCAAGCCUUAAAAACAGGAUGUGUGAGUAUGUUGACCAUCUGCACGAACACUUCAAGUAUCCUGUGGUGAUUCAGCAGGCUUCCUACAUGCCUCCAAAGGAGGCUGGCUAUUCAACAGAAAUGAAGGAGGAAUCUGUACAGAAACACCAAUAUCCAGAUGGUGAGGUCUGGAAGAAACUCCUUGCUUCUCAAGAAAAUUAAGUGUUCACCCUUUGUCUUUGUUAAGUAAAAAAGCUUAAAACUUCUUGGACACAGUUUUACAAAAACAGAAGGAAAAAAGUCUCAUCCUACCUAUCAAGAUUAGUUCAGCUAAGUCAUACUAAUCUCAGAAAUCAGCUCAGUCAUAAUUCUAUUUAAUCCAUCCAUACAUUUAGAUUUAACUAACUCAAAGCCUUAGGAAGAUAUUCUUACAAAAUUUCUAUCAAGUGCUGGUACCUAGAACGUUAAAUUGUACUCUGAAAAUAA